AUCAAUUAUAUGGCUGAAUAAGAUUGUUAAUAAUUGUAUUCGCAAGGAAAAAAAAUUAAAACUUGACGUUUUGGGAUAACGUCACAUAUCUCGCGGAAUGAUUUGUAUUAACUUUAUCACUUUUUUACGAGUUAUAAAAAAGAAACAACUUCAACAUUGUCUUCGUAAAAGAGAUUAUUGAGAAAACAAGUAGGAAUUGAAAAAAUACCGAGCGAAAGAGAAAGAGAGAAUUGUAAAGGAAGGACAAUGAAAACGGCGGGAUUUGAAAAGUGCGAUAGGAUAGGAAGCGCAGAGGCACGAAGUCGACACUCGACAGCCCGAGCACGAAUGUUGCGCGGGAGCACGAUAAAGGAAACGACGGGCGGUGGGGACAGCGGCGGUAGGGCAUUGGCGGUCGGCAGCGGCGAGCGCAGCGGCAGCAGCAGUUAUGUACAGUGCGUGUCAGUACCCGCAGAGGAGGAGCUGGCAGGCAGGGGCAGACAUAGGCAGCAGCAGCAGCAGCGGCGUGGCGAGAAGUGGAGAGGAGUGCGCGAGUGCGUGCGUGUUCGUGUUGUUUGUGGCUGACUGGCUGUGGCGCGCGCGCAGCACUCGUUUUGUUGUUGUUGUCGAGUCGUCGCGCGAGUUCCCCUGCUGCGCACACUGCAAUUAGUUGCGAGUCCAGAGCAGCAGCAGCAGCAGCAGCGCCCGAGACUGCGCGUCCGCACAGUUCCUGGCAGACCGAGGAUCGCGGGCUCGAGCUCCGAGGUCGUGCCGCAGGAUGCCAGAUACGAAGCGACGGCGGCGGCGGCAGCAGCAGUGAGUCGAGUCGUAGCUACGCCAACAGCAGCCGCAGCAGCGAGAGGCUCGCGAGAGAGAGGGAGAGAUAAAGAGCGCGAGCCAGAACUGUGUACCACCGUGGCGCGCGUAUGUGCGUAUCGCGCAGUGGUGCCGCGGAGUGCUAGCAGCAGCAGUAGCAGCAGCAGUCAGCGAGGCAGCGGCGAGGAAACCGGGCAUCGUCGCCGUCAGCAGCAAUAGCAGCAGCAGCAGUAGCAGCGCAGCAACAGCAGCAGCGAGCGCAGAGAGGCCAGAGGGCGCUGCGCGCCUGGCCAGCGGCGGCCCGAACGGGCGGCAGUGCAGCGACGAGCUUUCGCGGCCGACCGGGCGCGCUUGAUCGCAGCGACUAGGCGGCGGCCCGCGAGCGGCCCCGAGGAUGGCGAGCCCGCGCAAAUUCAGCGAGAAGAUCGCGCUGCUGAACCAGCGCGAGGCCGAGGAGUCGGCGCGCUUCGAGCAGAUCAUGAAGGAGGUCUCCGACGUGACCAACCGGAAGGCGGCCUCGACCAGCACCAGUCCGACGAGCCGGAGCCGCGGCGGCAGCCAGGACGCGGCCCAGCCGGGCACGGCGCCGCAGCAGCAGGCGGCGGCUGCGGCCGCCUCCACGGCCACGACCCCCGGCGGCAGGCCGCUGUCGGUGAAGAGCGCCGGCGCCAGCCCGCCGCAGUCGGGCGGCAAGCACCUGCACAUCAGCCUGGGCAACCAGUACGGCGGCUCGCUGCCCAACGUGAACCAGCGCGCGGCCCAGGACUCGGCGGCGGCCCAGGCGCUCGCCGUGCACUCUUACGAGCUCAAGACGGCGCUGAGCAACCUGGAGGAAUACAAUCAGCAACAGCAGCAGCAGCAACAGCAGCAGCAGAGCGUCGGCCAGCAAUCGGCCGCAGUGGCGGCGGCGGCGGCGGCGGCGGCGGUCUACCAGUCGCAGCAGCAUCAGCCGCGGGAGCGUCAGGCCGGCUUGCAGGAGCGCCGCAGCACUGGCAGCGUGGGCCCGAUGCGCUCGCGGCCGAUCGAGAAGCGCCACGACACCUCGCCCUACAGCGGCGUGCCCUACCUGUCGCCGCCCAACCCCGAGACCUGGAGGCGCACCAACUCCGACUCGGCGCUGCACCAGAGCGCCAACGAGGCCUGCCAGGCCGGGCAGUCGAUGGCCGGCCACCGCCGGGGCAGCGACGCCUAUCAGCAGCGCGGCGGCCACGCCGGCUCGGGCCCCGACAACCGGGACGGCAACCUGCACCACCAUCACCACCACCACCACCACCACCAGGCCUUCAUCGAACGGCCGCGCUCCUCCUGCGACAUGCCGCGCGUGCCCGGCAUCAAUGUGCACCUGAGCGGCACGCAGCCGGGCGCGCAGAUACCCAUCGGCAACAACACGGGCUCGCUGCCGGACCUCAGCAACGUGCACUUCCCCGCGCCGCUGCACACGCCCCUCGACCAGGAGGACCACUCGAGCGCCGGCUCGCCCUACAGCAACAGUCCUCAAACGAGCAGUCCCACCACCCUGUCGCCAACCAGCUUGGCCCAAGCUGGAAGGCUAUCCUUAACGCAGGAUCACAGCCCGCCAAGCGUCCAAAAUCAUUUAUCGGUGCCUGUUAACCAUAGGUUUCUACAUUCCUGCAAGCAGGGUAUAACGCUGGAAAACAACACAAGCUCGUCGCAGCAGGACGUAAGGAUAAGCUACACGCAGCAACAACAGCAGCAACCCCAACAAGUGCAGCAGCAGCCCCAGUCACAGUCACAAAACAUACCCGGCUCGACGUCGCCGUCGCUGCAACAAACUCAUCCUGCCGCUCACAGUCCUGGUCAACACUACGUUUAUCAGCAGCAGCAGCAGCAGCAACAACAACACAGUCCUGUUGGACCUCCCAGUCCGAACGCUUCGCAAGCACAAGUACACCAGCAGCAGAGUUCACCGAGCCAAUACACCUACCAAAGUUCACCCCAGAGUUCGCUCACCAUGUACAGAAACUCGCAAAUGGUCAACCGACCCUCGCCUCAAUCUUCGCCUAGUCUUACGUUUCAGGGGAGUCCUUUGAGCUACAGCAACAACAUCUCGGCGCCGUCUAGUCCGACGAGUCACCACGGUCCACCCACGUUGUCGCUCGAUCCACAAGACCAAAAUGUCUACAUGAAUCAGGUCCACGCAGACUUUGAGCAAUUCAGUAUGGCCCCAAUUGUAGUCGAUUGGGCGCAAAUGAUGCAGCAGCUCGAAGAUAGCAGUUAUAACUUGAAUGCACCACUGGACGAGAUGGAUUCGCCGGCUGCGCCACAAACGAUGGGCCCGUACAUCCAUUCACCCAGCCACACCGGUGCCUAUUCACAAAGCGACAUCCUGAACGUUACGAGCGAGCUGGGUACGGCAGACAGCGACUAUUUCAGCUCGAGCACGCUCCAACAGUUGUCGUAUCCUACGAGAACCCCGACGACGACGCAACAGCUGACACCACAAACACCCAAUACCCCGACCAUCACGCUCACUGAUUGCUCUUUGGGACCAGACGAUCUAGUCAGCUCGGACUUCGCCAAGGACUUUGGAACGUCGAUAACGGGGGGCUUCGGUCAAGAUCUCUUCCCGGCGGACGAUCCGCUCGGCCAAGACCUGAACUCGCUGCGCCAGGAAGACAUAAAUGCACUCAGACAGGACCUCGAUCCUCUUGACUUGGACGAGCUACAGAGGCUCGCCAACGCCGACAUGGUCAUAUCGGAUCCAACGACCGAAGCGGACUUUAGACUAGAGCAGCGUUAAAGCAAACGC